UGCAUCUCUAAUAAAUUCGUGAAAUUCCUCAAUUGGACUAGCUCGUGUAGAUUUUCGUCAGUUUUUUAUUUGGUAUAAAAGUUAUUAAAACAUAUAUUUAACAUUCUUAAAACUCAACUGAGUAAUCGUAAGCCACGUUCUGUGAUUUUGAUCAAAUAAAUUAUUGGAAAUAACGUGUCAGUGGCCUGUUUAGGUGCGCAAAUUGGCUGCGUCAAUAAAGGCGCAGUGGAAAACGCUGAAAAAGUAAUCGGUAAAAACCCAUUGAAAACAACGAAAAGUUGUAUAUAAACCAGAUCUUGCAUAUUUGUAUUAAAGUUUUUUUCCAAAAAACAUCAAAAACUAUAAAUAAGGAAGCGUACACCCUCUCCGAUAAGCAAACGAUAGCAUUCCAAUAGUUUUUAGAUAAGCGAAGGCGGGGAAUACUGCGAUAGCAAACUUGUACUGCUGGUGAGUCAUCCAAGAUAAAAUCGCAGUGCACAGCGAACGGAGCGAAAACAAAAAAUCAACUUGCAGCAGCAACAGCUCCAAGGCCCCUGCCAUAUUUCGUGUUGACAAAGAAAAAUAAAAUCAAAAAUAGCUGAAAGCACUGUUGCUUUACGGUAGUGACGUCAUCAUUGUGCUCAAAGGCUUUUACGCGGAUUAAGAAAUUUACUAUGAAAACAACUAUCAGUGUUACCACAACUACCAACACAGCAACAUCGGUAGGCAGCUCCGCGCCAUCAGUCGCCAUUAUACCCAAAACGGAAUCAAGCGAUCUGAAUUUGACCUUUCAAACGCCCAACGCGGCUGCAACCAGUAGCAGCAACACCACUGGAAGUGCAAAUAAACGACCUGUAUCGUUAGAUCUUAACAAAGUGGCGGCAAAAAAGCAACGUUUAGUGGCACCUUCGCCACUCCACAUAGAUUCGCCCAAUUUGGAGAAUUUAAAAACAAUUAAUACACCAGAUAUCGAGAAAAUGCUUCUAAGCAAUGUGAUGCCGACUCCGCAGCCUGGUGUUAUAUUUCCAAGCAAAACGAGUACGGUAACUUCUGAACAAGAAGAUUACGUCAAAGGAUUCGAAGAGGCCUUGAGUAACUUACAUCAAAGCAAGAAGUCGCAAGCCGCACAGAUAAUAAACAGCAGCAAUAGCAACGUUGAGGUUACGGCAAUAACAACAAAUACGUCCACCGCGCCAGUUGUUGGCACUGGCAUUAGUGGCGGGUCGUUCACCUAUACCAAUUUAGAAACUUUCCCGGUUGCCAUCAAGGACGAACCACAAAAUCCGGCAUCACCGGCAGCACUCAGUCCUAUUGAUAUGGAAACACAAGAAAAAAUCAAAUUAGAGCGUAAGCGACAACGUAAUCGUGUAGCAGCAUCAAAGUGCCGAAAACGUAAGCUCGAACGCAUUUCAAAAUUGGAAGAUAAAGUAAAAAUUCUAAAGGGCGAGAACUCUGAAUUGGGUGCAGUAGUUAAAAGCUUGAAAGAUCAUGUGGCACAGCUCAAGGAGCAAGUGAUGGAUCACAUUAGCUCUGGUUGCACAAUUUCUAUGUUAUCUGAUCAGCCAAUGUUGUCUGGCAAAUAACAUGAGGAUUCAGUUGUAGGCAUGCGUAAACUAGAGCAAAGUGAAAUAAGGGAUAAUACACGCGAAUUAGCUUUUAGGCAAAGGAGUGGAAUAAUAAUGGAAUGUAAUCUUAAUUCUAAAGUUGUUGAUAUAAAAACUGAAAAUGGCCAUGGUUCUCUUGGAAACGAUCAACACCAGCAUUCUCCAAACACUAAUCAAACGAAAAUACCAAGUGCCACCCUACAUCGUAAGCAACAGGAAGAGGAAACUGAACCAGAUUUAUCAGAUUUACAACUAAAUAAUAGCAUAAUCAAUGUGAUUGAGCAGCAUAUGCCCAUUGAAUUGUUCAUGGAAACGCCACCACUGACUGGUGACAGUUUAUCGACUCAUUCAACAAAUUCUAUGAGCUCCAGCGCUGGUGUUAGCGUUGAGUCUGAGUCGCAUAACAACAAUCAAACAACGACAAAUGCAACUGUUCUUGCGCUGGAUGCAACUACAGUAGCUACUGCAAUACCAGCAGAUAUGGCCGAUCAUAUUCGUUCUAAUGGAGAUGCUGACGGCGAGAGACCGCUUGUUUUAGUUAUUAUCACAGAUUAUGACAUGCAGCAAUAAACCAAAAAAUAUUAAAAAACAUUUUUUUUUGCUCAUGGCACGGUGUCCAGUAAAUAUAAAAUAGUUCGCCUGUAAAUGCUUUGAAUGUAAAGUGCCUUUAUUCAAAAGCCAGUAAAUAAAAUGCCUCAGUAACCAGGAAAAUUUUAUUAGUAUAGCAGAUGUUUGCUGCUAAAAAAAAAUGCCUUAUAAAAUAUGUAUGAAAUUCUUAUUUGCUUUGCUCUGUAUUACCCAGUAGGUAUUCUAAAAAUAUGCCUCUUAAUUGCUUAUUUAUUUAAUAUCUCUACAUAUUUGUUGUAUGUUAAUUUAUUUGUUAGAUAUACUAAUAUCAGGUUUUAAUUUUUAUAAAAUUUACUAGUAUAAGGCUUCCACAAAUCUAUAUUAACUUUGUAGCAAAGCGCGCUUAUUGCAAUAAGCGCAAUCUGUGUACGCUUUAAGAGUAUUUGCAUAAUAAAUUAAUGAAAAAAGACAAAUAUACAUAGUAUGUA